AUGUAUGAUUUGGAGUACGCUCAAUAUCCACCACCAAGAGCUCAUUUGGCUUUAUUUGAAACGGGAUUAAAUGGAUUAAAUGAAACCAAAUCUGUAAAUAUUUUCAAAGAUAUUGCUCUAAUCGCUUGUUCCAUCGAAGUUGAUACUUUUGGUCCAGGAAUAACUAUAACUGAUCAUAAUUAUGGUUUUAUAUUAACAUUAGCUAUAAGUGGUAUAGGUGUAUUUGGUGCAUUAUUAGCUGGUUGA